CACCUUUCGAUAUCUGCAACCUACUUUGGCCUGGCAACCCUGCGGCAGCUACCAUUUUGCAAAAGAUUUUGCUCAACACGUGUUCGCCUCUGGUUUUGUGUGGAAUUAAUAUUAAAUAUUACCUACAAUGGCUGAGGAAUCAUUCUACGGAGUCACUCUGACCGCCGAGAGCGAUAGCGUCACGUGGGAUGUGGACGAGGACUACGCACGCGGCCAGAAGCUGGUCAUCAAACAGAUCCUCCUGGGCGCUGAGGCCAAGGAGAACGAGUUCAACGUGGUCGAGGUGAACACACCCAAGGACUCCGUGCAAAUUCCCAUCGCCGUCUUGAAGGCCGGAGAGACCCGCGCCGUCAAUCCCGACGUGGAGUUUUACGAGUCGAAGGUGACGUUCAAGCUGAUCAAGGGCAGCGGACCCGUCUACAUCCACGGGCACAACAUCAAGGACGAUGUGGAGGUGGUCGACAUGGAGGAGGAUGACGAGGAGGACGAUGUGGCUGAGGAUGAGGAGGACGAGCACCCAAAGAAGCGCGCCAAGAUCGAAAACGCCGCCGAUGGUAAAAAUGCCAAGAACAACAAGAAGAAGUAAACUGCUGACCGCAAUCAUCCAUCGAGGUUUAAGCUAUGAAUGUGUAGAUUUUAAAGCAAAAACAGUUUUAGGCCCUAUAUUACAAUACGAUGCAUACUGAGAAUACAAUCUAGUUCCUUUUGAA